AUGGCAUAUAAAUUGAAGUCUCAUUCAGGAGCAAAGAAAAGGUUUUUCCCUACAGGAACAAAUAAUUAUAAACGUUGGCAAGCUGGUAUUCGUCACUUAAAUUCAGGCUUUUCAGCAGAGAGAGUAAACCGACUUUCAAAAACUGUUUUUGUUAAUACAACACAAAAGAAAAUGCUUAAAAAAGCUUUGCCUUAUUCUAUGUAA